AUGCUGGUGGUGAGCAAGCCCCCAGGCAUCCCCAUGGACGGCGAUGAAACCAUAUACGGCCUUACCGUAGAGUCCUUGGUGUGCAAGCACAUGAAAGCCCGUGGCAUCUUCGAUGAUACACAUGCGCAGCUGCAGAAGGAGAAAAAGCGAAAGAAGCAGCUGAAGUUUGUGCAUCAACUUGACUUAGGUACGAGCGGGGUACUGUGCUUGGCCUUUACUAAAGACAUGGCCGCGCGGCUUGCCCACUGCUUUGAGAUGCGCACGAUUCGGAAGUACUAUGUUGCACUGCUGCAUGGGCACUUGCCAGGCGAUACAGCAGCGGCGGAGGAUAGCGCCUCGAGUGACCAGCCAGGCUCUACUUUCACGUCAGAUACAAAGGCGCGUCGAUCGUCGUUUGCCUCGUGGGCGAAUGCGUGCAACAAGGCAUGGGAAGGGUUGGGGUCCGUCCGGGGUGUUUGCUCUGCCUCCUCGAGCGGAGGAUCCUUUGCAAACUUGGCAGAUGGGGGUGGAGUGGCAGUGUUCCGGUACCUUCUGCAACGGCCACAGACGACAGCAUGGGAGGCGGUGGGACCGGCAAAUUCCAAGGACGCGGAGGAUGUCGUGCCGGUGACUGUGGUGCAUCGGUAUCACUCUCGUCGAAGCGGUGCUCGAUCACUGACCACUGCAGGACUGGAAAAUCCCGCUCCCGUGCCGGCAGACGCCGUGGAGGACCUCAUCUACCGUAAGCUGUCGAAGAGCACUGCAAAGCAUUCGGUCGUCUGUGUUGAUCUGCCGGUCGGCUACGAUUUGACGGACUCCGAGCACUUCCGAAUGGCUGUCACGGCAGUGCAAAGCCGUGACGCUACAACAAGCCUGUUGGUGCUGAAGCGCACCUACUUGGCAGCACCUCCACCAGCGGGCGGCGAGGCGCCACAGUGGGACGCAAUCACUAAGGACUCCCCGUCUGUCACAAACUAUCCAGUGACGCUGGUGCUGCUCGCUCCACACACGGGUCGACGGCAUCAACUCCGCGUGCACUGCCGCGCCAUCGGCUUCCCUAUUGUUGGGGACACGUUGUACUGCACUGACCUACCAUGGUGCGCCGCCUUGCCGUUAGGGCCACCUACAUCCACAUGGGUGACCGCCGGCGUUCGGCGCAUGUACCUGCACGCAUGGCGCCUGCUGCUGCCCGGCACGGUGACGCCCCGCCUCGGUGAAACUGAACGGGUGGUGCUGAAGAAAAAGCGACGUCGCGAGAUCUUGGGGCUAUCGGAGCAAUGCGAUACCUCCUCAUCUGCGAGUCGCUGCGAGUGGACCGAGUUUGUGGCCUCGGUGGACUUUACCGGACUGGAUCUGGAGGAGUCAGAAGAACGAGAGAUGUAA